AUGUUCGCAGCAGCCACUAAGAACUUUGUGAAGCAGGUCGGGGACACGGGGAGGUUGAUCCCCGUUCCGAGCCUGAGCGAGGCCGACCGCUACCAGCCCCUCAGCCUGGUGACGAGGAAGAGGAAGAGGCAUUUCUGGAAGAAGAACAAGUACGCCUCAACCCCUUUCUCCCUGAAAGACAUCCUGGUAGGGGAGAAAGAGAUCACAGCAGGAGUGUCUUCUUAUCAGCUCCUCAACUACGAGGACAAAUCGGACGUAGCUCUCAAUGGCCGAUUAGGAAACCACCUCAUCAACGAUGUGGGGUUCAACAUCAGCGGGUCGGACUCUGUGGCCGUCAAAGCCUCCUUCGGCAUUGUGACCAAACACGAGCUGGAGGUGCCCACCUUACUGCGAGAACUCAACUCCAGGAAAGUGGACCUGGAUCACUGCCUGGUCCGUCAGUCCAAGGAGAGCAGACGCAGUGUUCUUUGUGUCGUUGUGGAGAGCAUCCGCACCACACGUCAGUGCUCCCUGACCGUCCACGCCGGGAUGAGAGGGACCACCAUGAGGUUUCAGAUCGACGACGGCAGAAAUCCCAAAGGUCGGGACAAGGCCAUUGUCAUCCCGGCUCACACCACCAUCGCCUUCAGCAUCUGCGAGCUGUUUGUUCGACUGGACGGACGCCUUGAUAUUUGUGUCGCUCCGGAGUCUCAAGGUGGGUUUGAGCGGGAGCAGAUCAGGGAGCAGCUCGGGGGUUUCAUCGGUCACUUCUCCAUGGGUCGACUGCGGCGGUUCCUGUCUGGAAUCAUCUACGGGAACCCCUUCAGAGCAGAAAACAGAACAUUUGAGGAGCUCACCCACUCCGACACCUACAUGGACGACAUGGUCACCGACUACUACGAGAAAGCAGCCAGCAUGACGGACGUGUCCACUGCCUACCUGAGAGAAAGCUCCCACACGCGGGCCAACCUCCUCAAACACAACAUCCCCAAGGGGCCCUGCGCCCUCUGCGGCAUGGGCAAUCAGAAGCGGGAAACCGUUUACGGCUGUCUGGAGUGCUCGACCGGGGGGCAGAAAUAUGUCCGGCUGCAUGUCGUGCCUUGUUUCGACCUCUGGCACAAAACGCUGAGGUGA